AUGGGUGUCCCCAAGUUCUUUCGAUGGAUGUCCGAAAGGUAUCCAGGUAUUUCGCAACUCAUUGCAGAAAACCGCAUUCCCGAAUUCGACUGUCUCUACCUUGAUAUGAACGGUAUUAUCCACAACUGCACCCAUAACGAUUCCGACAGCGUCACUGCGCGCAAGUCCGAAGAUCAGAUGUUCAUCUCCAUCUUCAACUAUAUCGAGCAUUUGUUUGGCAAGAUUAAGCCCAAGCAGCUCUUCUUCAUGGCCAUCGAUGGUGUCGCCCCGCGCGCCAAGAUGAACCAGCAGCGUGCACGACGUUUCCGAACCGCUCUCGAUACUGAAAAAGCUCGGGAGAAGGCUAUCCGCGAAGGCGUAGAAAUGCCGACGGAGGAAGCGUUCGACAGCAACUGCAUUACGCCAGGUACUGCCUUUAUGGCGAAGCUCACGCAGCAGCUCAAGUACUUCAUCAACAAGAAGGUCUCAGAGGACAUAGACUGGCAGGGCGUGGAAGUCGUGCUGUCUGGUCACGAAGUCCCUGGAGAGGGAGAGCACAAGGUCAUGGAGUACAUCCGUCAGGCCAAGGCACAGCCAGGAUACGACCCGAACCGUCGCCACUGCCUGUACGGUCUAGAUGCCGACCUGAUCAUGUUGGGUCUGCUCAGCCACGACCCCCACUUCAGCUUGCUGCGUGAGGAGGUGACGUUUGGUCGCCAAAGCCAAACCAAGUCAAAGGAGCUGGAGCAUCAGAACUUUUACCUCAUGCAUCUCAGCAUUGUUCGAGAAUACCUGGAGCUCGAAUUCCAGGAAUUAGAAGAGCCUGGAGCUCUCAGCUUCCCAUUCGACAUGGAGCGUGUUAUUGACGAUUUCAUUCUUAUGGCUUUCUUUGUUGGUAACGAUUUCCUUCCCAAUCUUCCACAUUUGCAUAUCAAUGAGGGCGCCUUGGCCCUCAUGUUCAACGUCUACAAGACUGUCCUACCCAAGGGUAAAGGAUACAUCAACGAGGAGGGUGUCAUCAACAUGGAGCGCUUGGCUAUCUUGUUGGAUGAACUCUCAAACAUCGAAUACCGUCAUUUCGAAUCCGAGAAUGCCGACGCUGCUUGGUUCAAGGGCAAGAAGCUUGGAAAGGAGGAUGUAAUGGCGAAAACGGCGAAACGAGGCACAGUUGUCAUGACUACGCAGCAGCAAGAACUGUUUUCCAAGGUGAAGAGCUGGCUAGGUAAUUACUUGGAAAAGAAAGAUCAAGCUCCGCUGGAUCUUCCGGUAUCUCUUGGAGCAGAGGAUCGAAAGUUCGUUCAGGAACUUGCCGACAAGUUGCAUCUCCCCUGGAAGAGCGUCCAAAAUGAUGAUGGCGACCGUCACAUCCAGAUUACAGCUCCACCCAAGCUGGUUGAAGGCGAUUCGGACGACGAGGAUGAGAUGGAUGACGAAUCCACGAAAGCGAUCGUACGCGUCGUACAAAAGUACGAACAAGCCAAGAUUGUUGACAUCUCGCCUGAAGACGCUCAAUCGGAGAUGCAGAAGAAAUACGACGAGAAGUUCGACGCAUGGAAGAAUGACUACUACAAGAGCAAGUUCGAUUGGGAUCGCAGCAAUGAGGAGGAGCUUCGCAAACUGACGGAAAACUACGUCCAGGGAUUGCAAUGGGUUCUCUUCUACUACUACCGUGGAGUAGCGUCAUGGCCAUGGUACUAUGGCUACCAUUACUCGCCUAUGAUUUCCGACGUCAAGCGAGGUCUGAAGGCGGACAUCAAUUUCAAACUCGGACAGCCGUUCAAGCCGUUCCAGCAGCUGAUGGGUGUCUUGCCUGACCGUAGUAAGAGUAUCGUACCGAAAGCCUACCACCCUCUCAUGACAAACGAGGACUCUCCGAUCAUUGACUUCUAUCCCCGAGACUUCACUCUGGACAUGAACGGAAAGAAGCAGGACUGGGAGGCUGUCGUGAAGAUUCCGUUCAUCGAGGAGGACCGUCUGCUUAAGGCUAUGGCAACCAAGGAGAAGGAUCUAACGCCGGAUGAGAAGCAGCGUAAUUCAUUUGGUGUUUCGUUGAAGUUCACUUACGCUAAGGAUCUGGAUUUCAUCUACCAGUCAUCUCUGCCAGGCGUAUUCCCGGACCUUCCCCACUGCAAGUGUAUCGAGAACAUUUUCGAAUUGCCCACCAUGGAAGGACUGGAAUACUACAUCGGUCUCGUAGACGGCGUCAAGCUAGGAGCUGAGGCACUGGCCGGCUUUCCCAGCUUGAAGACGUUGCCGUUCCACGGCAAGCUUGAGUUUGCAGGCGUCAAUGUUUUCCAACAGGACAGUCGAAACGAGAGCAUGGUUAUCACACUACUGGAUACAGAACCACGACAGUCCGUCUCGCAUGCACAGGCAAAGCUCGGCAAGGCGGUUCAUGUUGGCUACCCAUUCCUACAUGAAGCAAAGGUGGUGAAGGUAUCGGAUGAGUUGUUCGACUACGUUCUGCCUGAGAGCGGUGAUUCUCCUGCACCUGUUGCUAUUCCCCAUGGACCGCAAGAGAUCUCCAAUUGGAAGAAGACGGCGAACCGUAUCGAAAAUCAGUACAGCAAGCGCCUUGGUAUCAACAUUGGAGAGAUUGAGUCAAUCGUGCACGUAGAAAUGCUCAAGGGACUUAGGAAGACCGACGAAGGAGCCACCAUCAAGGAGUACGGAGAGGUCGCUGGGCUACAAGUAGAGUAUGCGACCCAAACAGUUGUAGACGAUGUUUUCAGCCCAGAUGCUCGCUUUUUGGAGAAAGAGGCUUUGCCCAUCGAGGAAGAAUUUCCCGAAGGAGCCCGUGCAUUCUAUCUAGGAGACUACGCCUACGGUCGCCCCUUGCAAGUCGUCAGCCAUGCCGACAACAAGGCCACGAUCAUGGUCGCCAAGCUAAAGAAGCAAGAGCCACACUUCGGACGUGAAGUUGUCAGCAUGGCUGAAAGGUCCACACCGUAUGUUCCAUCCUACGUUGUGGCAAGACAACUGAAUAUGCCGCCGCUCGCACUAUCAAAGCUCACGUCCUCUUUCAAUGUCAACUCAAGUGGUCUCAAGCUCAACCUGGGCUUGAACCUCAAGUUCGAGGCGAAGAAGUUGAAGGUUUUGGGCUACUCUCGCAAGUCGCCCAAUGGGUGGGAGUAUAGCCAGAAGGCCAUGGAACUCUUGGCUCAGUAUAUGAUCAAGUUCCCAGAGUUCGUUGCUGCCAUUAUCAACAAUCCAACGGGCGAUGGAUGGGAGGACACGGACUUUUAUCCUCCCGAGGUUGCGAAGCAGAAGGUCAAGGAGAUUGGAGCCUGGCUGAAGAGUGUCCAGACCAAGAACUUCGAAAAAGUACCCCUGGACGCAGAGCAGCUCGACUCCGACACAGUCAAGCUUAUUGAGCAAGCCGCCGAUGCCAACUUCCCUCUCACCCAAGACGUGGAGCCCAAGACAGUUACAAAGGUGCCACGUGUCGCCCUGCUGAAGCCGUCUGACGCGGAGCAGCGCCUGGGACACCAGAACUUCAGCAUUGGCGAUCGAAUCGUCUAUGUUCAAGACUCUGGCAGAGUACCAAUCGGAUCGUCAGGUACUGUGGUUGGCAAGACCCGUACCGCACGUGUUUUGUUACUGGACGUUGUCUUCGAUGCGACUUUCAUGAGUGGUACCUCUCUCGGAGACCGUUGCUCUCCGUUCAGGGGGUCAACUGUCCCUGCCACUGCGGUCGUCAACAUGACAGAUCAGCAGGUUGUCCAUUACUCUAGUGCCGCAGCCGCCAGGCGUCCACAACAAGCGCCUACGUCAUACAAUAUGCCCCGCUACGGUGCUCCUGGAGGUCCCGGGCUAGUUCCCGCGGGCACGCCACCACCUCUUCGUGGCUCAUACCGAGGAGCUUUCGGAGGCGCCAACGGACGUGGCGGAGGCAUGGCACCACGUCAAAGCCCUGGACCACAGCAACCUCAAGGACAGCAACAGACACUACCAAUCCACGGCGGACCUCCUCGUGGUGGUCGCGGGGGCCGGGGCGGAUUCGCUCCCCGUGGUGGACAAGCAAACGGCCAACCCUCUCAAGACCAGAACCAGGUUCCCAAUGGUGGCAACACUCGUGGUAACCUACGAGGUGGCUCUACUGACUUCGUUCCCCGUGGGCGAGGAGGAGGCUUCAAGGGUCGCGGCGGUUUCACUGUUAUCGACAACACUGACCCCGCUGAAGGAGUUGUGCCCAACAACCCGAACUUCCAGCCGCGAAACUACUCGAACGUACCGCCACCGGCCAAUCUAGACGGUGGACGAGGUAGAGGACGAGGUCGUGGUCGUGGCGGUUUCCGUGGACGCGGAGGGCCAAGGGGCGGCGCGCCACCUGCUGCCUAG